GCCCGUGCUGUCAGUAUAUCUUUGCUCCCAGUUUCGGUAGAGACAUGAAGCCCAUGUCUGUAUGCACAGUUUCUUACUAUUUUGUUCCACUAAACAUUUCAGUACGUAUUAUUUAGGAAACGGGAAUAAUUUGUGAUAUUCUUCGUUACCGAUUUCCGUUAAAAACAACUACAUAGAGCAACCUUACACCGAUUCAUUCAGGCACCUUCGAAAAAGUGUAUCAAAUUCAGACAUGUGUAAAGAGUUAUGAGUUGGCUGUUCUACCGAACAGGUUGCUCUUGUGUGAGGAAAAGGGGAACAGGACUGAAGAAAGUAGCACAAGAGAGAAAUAACUAAAAUCAAAUAAUAAAUAAGCAGUUAAUUAAUUACCGUGACAUUACAAAGUUCUGGAACUCUUUUUGUCUUCUCAGUGAAUAACUUAGUCUCAUUCUUACGCUUGCUGAAUAUUACCGUUGAUUUUGGCGAGAGCCUUCAAAUUUUCUCUCAUUUCACAUAUAUAUCUACUCAAUGACAUUUUGCAAUCAGGUGAAAUGACAAUGAAAAGUGAAUGACAGAGCAGUGUCUACCUCGAGAUCCAGGUGAGAAAUGUCGCCUAUAGGAAUUCCCGACUAGACAAAAUUUCCGACUAAAAAGCGACUGGACAUGAAAUUGAUAAUUUGUGAAUAAGUACAAUUGAAUAUAUAUAACUGCCUUGAACGACUAACAAAUAUUCAAAUGACGGUUCAAAUGAAUCAAGUCUCUUUUUAGUGGCGUUGAUAAAUGUGACUCGAUGGUGAUCACAAAAGCCAUAAACAAAGAAAACACCGAAGACAAUCAUUGAAACACUAGAAAAGGUAUAAGACGGGAAUAGUGCACAUCUAUCACCAGCGCCGGGACCACUUCGUAACAAAGGAAGAAUGACUUAUUUUAGUUUUCUAGUGCUUGUUUCAGUAUUGAUAGGCUCAUGGGGAAAGGAGGUCCUUAUCCCACCGCCGCCCCUGAUCACAGACCAGCCCUACUUCGACUCAACGAUGAAGACCAACCAGACAGCACAUGUGGGCCGCCAGGCGGAACUGAGGUGCCGUGUGCAUUCCAUAGGCAACAGAACAGUCUCCUGGAUUCGAGGAAGGGACCUCCGCAUCCUGACGGUAGGGAGGUACACCUACACUUCGGAUCUGAGGUACGAAGCCAUCCAUCAGGAUGGAACUAAUCAGUGGACAUUGAGAAUCAAAUCUGUGCAGCCCAGAGACGAAGGAAAUUACCAGUGCCAAAUCAGCACGAAGCCUAUUAAGGCUUUUAAUACUUAUCUGGUGGUUUUAGCGCCGAGGGGGGAAAUCUUAGGCUCCCCUGAUGUAUAUGUCCAUAGGUACAGCAUGAUCAACCUCACCUGCGUCCUCCAUGAUCUACCUGAGCCUCCCGCUUAUGUCUUGUGGUAUCACAAUAACAAGAGCAUCAGCUACAGCAGCAGCAGAGGUGGCGUGUCAAUCAUUGUGGAAAAGGGACCCACGACUAUUAGUUACCUCCUGGUUACAUCUGCCAUGGAUAUGGAUGCUGGGGUCUACACCUGUGCUCCUUCUAACUAUAAUGCAACAUCUGUCAAUCUGCACAUUUUGCAAGGAGAGGAACCGUCGCCUAUACGCAAGAAAAACUCCAUCCCCUCCAAAGAAAAAGCGGCAUCCCAAGGGGAGUUCCCGGCAGCGAUGCAUUCUGACACAUCAUCAGGCUCGAUUCUUGCAGUGGGAGAAGCCAGCUUGCUCUUUUUACUGACCCCCGCUCUCAGAAUAUUUUGGCUCUUUUGUAUAGAAGACACCUAAAAGGUUUCUUUAAUUCCUCCUGUGUUACAAAAUAAUCGUAAAAGUGGUACUGAGUAAGUGUAUAUACUAAGCCGGCGUGCAUAUAUGUAUGUGUGUUUCAUUUCUCUUUUCCGUUUGUUUACUUGUAUAUAAAAUUUGUAUGUGCUAUGAUACAUGGGUUUUUGCAUAGAUAUAUAAUGUAAUUGUUCAUCUGCAUACAAUAUUGUGUUUACCCACCAAAUACUAAUAUCAUUCAUAAUUCAUACAAGUAGUUCUCAUUCAAAUGUGAAACAAGACCACUCAUUGGCAUGAGUAUUAUUAUAAGAGUUUGUUUAAAAUUAUCGUUUGUUUACCAAUUGCAACGUAGAUCUUUAUGCAACAUUAUCUUCUAACUGAAAUUAUCUUCUAACUGAAACUUUGCUGUAAUUUUCAUUUUUAUUACCAAUAAUGAGGGAAAAGGUGUAACAAUAAAAGUUGAUCAUUUUGAAAUAAAAGGAAUGUGUGCCACCAAAUAACGUAUAUACUGAUAUUUUAGGCUUUCUAGUUUUUUUUAGUUGAAGGAUAUAAUAAAUAUCACCAUCUUUAUAAUUUAAGAACCGCAUCCUUUUUUUUCUUUGACAGCAAUCAAAUGCUCAACUUAUCUAUUCAACUAUUAAGAUAGCCGAAUCGAUAAGAUGAAAAAUAUCCAUCUUUGUAUCUAAACGGGGAAGAUGCAUUUACUUAGUAUUAAUUCCCCAUAGGUGUAAGUAAUCCCCAAGGUAAAGUGCAAUCGACAUUAAGUGAUGUUUGUGGCUUAAUAUAAGUAUAAAAGACUCAUGUA